AUGAAUAGGAGAACUGUAUUGACCUUGUUAGGAGGAUUGCUAAUCGGGGGACUAAUUUUGUAUCGGCAACUUGUUGAAGAUCUGCUUGCUAAUGGAUUAAUGGAAAAGAUGUACUUGCAUCUUUUGGAGGAUACAAUGGCUCGAAAACCUGCUGAUCCUGAGGAAGAACUCCGAUGGAUGUCCCAAGAAGUCCGCGGCUAUGUUGAAGCAGUAUUAAACAGUUUGGCUGCUAAUGUACCAAAGGUAGUUGUUCUUUGUCAAGUUGAAAAAGCUAAGGAAGACAUGCUGAAUCAGUUAUAUAGCUCUAUCAGUGGUCAUAGCACAGCUAAGAUUGAGGAGCUGCUUUUAGAAGAUCAAAAUGUGAAGCGCAGGAGAGAGCGUUACCAGAAACAGUCCUCGCUUCUCUCCAAACUGACACGCCAAAUGAGUAUACAUGACAACCGUGCAGCAGCAGCCUCAAAUUGGUCAAAUGGGAAUGCAGAGAGUAGUCCAAGAAGCAGCGAACCAGGUGAUGAUUGGAGAUCUGCCUUUGAUGCAGUUAGCAAUGGUCCUGUUGGCCGUAGUGGUUCAACGAGAUCUAGAUCAAAUGGUCACAGUCGACAUAAUAGCGAUCUUGCGCAAAAUGGUGACAUGAACUCUGGUCCAAACUCUGGUAGCCGUCGCACUCCUAACCGAUUACCUCCUGCUCCACCAGGUUCUUCUUUGGGUUACAAAUAUUAA